CUCUACUCCGGCGCGUCUGUCUCACCGUCGCGCCCCCCAAAACCCCUCGCUCGUCGUCGUCCUCCUCCGCCGCCAAAACCCUAAUAACAAUCCCUAGCCCUAGGAAGGUCCUUAUUAAACCCUAGAGCCUCCUCCGCCAUGAACGGCUACUUCUUCGAGCACGAGGACGGGUUCUCCGCCCCGCGCCUCUUCUCCCAGGGCGUCUCCUACACCUACGACGACGUGAUCGUCCUCCCGGGCUACAUCGACUUCCCCGCCGACGCCGUCGACCUCUCCACCCGCCUCUCCCGCCGGGUCCCCCUCUCCAUCCCCUGCGUCGCCUCCCCCAUGGACACCGUCUCCGAGUCCGUCAUGGCCGCCGCCAUGGCCGCCCUCGGCGGCGCCGCCGUCGUCCACUCCAACGCCUCCCCCUCCCGCCAGGCCGCCGCCGUCCGCGCCGCCAAGUCCCGCCGCCUCCCCUUCGUCUCCCAGACCCCCUUCUUCGCCCCCUGCGACGCCAUCCCCGACUUCGGCGACGCCGCCGCCUACGCCCUCGUCACCGAGUCGGGAACCUCCACGUCCAAGCUCGUCGGCGUCGUCGCCGUUUCCGAUUGGGAGGGGGUCUCCGACAAGAAGGGCACCCCUGUCUCCGAGUACAUGCGCCCGGCCCCGCCGUCGUCGGCGUCUGCGUCCUUCGAUUUCGAGCAGGCCGCCGCGUUCUUGGCCGACGAGGGCUUGGAUUGCGCGCCGUUGGUGGCGGAAGACGGGGAGAUUUUGGAUCUGAUCACCGCCAAGGACAUUGAAACGAUCCGCUCUUACCCUAAGCUCGGAAAACCCUCGCUGGGCUCAGAUGGGAAGUUCGUAGUUGGGGCCGCGAUUGGGACGAGGGAGGAGGAUAAGGAGAGGCUCGAGCAGUUGGUGAAGGCGGGGGCGAACGCCGUCGUGGUGGAUAGCUCGCAGGGCAACUCUAUAUAUCAGCUCGAUAUGAUCAAGUACGCGAAGGGCAGGUACUCGGAUCUUGAUGUGAUUGGGGGGAAUGUGGUCACGAUCGCGCAGGCGCAGAAUCUGGUCAAGGCCGGAGUUGAUGGGUUGAGGGUGGGGAUGGGUUCGGGCUCUAUCUGUACAACCCAGGAGGUUUGUGCUGUCGGCCGAGGACAGGCAACUGCAGUGUACAAGGUUGCAUCUUUCGCCAGGGACCACGAUGUGCCAGUGAUAGCUGAUGGUGGGAUUUCAAAUUCAGGACAUAUUGUUAAAGCUUUGGUGCUGGGGGCAUCUACUGUUAUGAUGGGCAGUUUCCUAGCUGGCAGUCAUGAGGCUCCCGGGGUCUACGAGUAUAAGGAUGGCAGGCGGGUCAAAAAGUAUAGAGGCAUGGGUUCUCUUGAAGCUAUGACAAAGGGGAGUGAUGCGCGGUACUUAGGGGACGCGCUCAAGCUGAAAGUUGCCCAAGGAGUUGUCGGAGCGGUAGCGGACAAAGGGUCUGUAUUGAAGUUUAUACCUUAUACAAUGCAAGCUGUCAAGCAGGGAUUUCAAGAUCUUGGCGCAUCCUCUGUGCGGUCAGCUCAUGAUCUUUUACGGUCAGAGGUGCUAAGAUUAGAGGUCCGAACAGGAGCUGCCCAAGUCGAGGGAGCAGUCCACGGCUUAGUCUCAUACGAGAAGAAGGCCUUUUGAGGAUGCUGCCCGAAAUCCUUUUCUCGAGUAUAAUCGGCAACUGCAACUGUGAAAAGUAUGAGCUAUUUAUGGAUCGCAGUUAUAUCCAACGCUUUCAAUAGUCUGAACACUUCAUGAGGCUCCUCACGUACUCUCUGCUAUUUCCUUUAAAUUAUGGUACUACGUGAACCCUACUUAGUAUUAUCACUACUGUUUGUUCCUCUUCUUUUUUCCUCGAGAAAAGGAUAUGUACCUUGCAUUCUGUUUCGCAUCAGCAAAUGGAAUCUUUUGCUCUUUAAUGGUCCUAACCUGGCAAUUCUAGUGGGUGUGCUAAGUGACUCGGACAGUUCACCGCUGCUUCCACUCUUUUUCUCUUUUUGUUUAGGAGGAAUCUAAAAUGUUACAAACAGCCCCAUGUGCUAUAUAGCUCGAUUGCUCGCUGCAUGUUACUUUCUGCGGUUUCGAGUGUUAACAUUUUGCUACUCUAUAUUCCAUGUUCUGAUUUUUUGUAAGGACCUGCCAGAUAAAGUGAGCACGCGAAAAGCACCGUUCUCAUUGAAACUCUCUAUUGCUUUGUAAUUUGUAGUUGUCCAUUUAAGCGCAAUUUGAUUGCUUACGAAGUAAA